GAUUGAAAAGGUUAAAUGUCUAAUUUAGUUGAACAUCCCCGCCUGUUAGAGUAUUAGCUUAAAAAUUUACGUUCACCUAUGGAGUCCAUGAUAAUUGAUCGAACUCUUUAUUUAUUUCUGAACUCGUUUAUGUCUCAAUUAUACGCACAAUUAGAAAUUCAAACGGCGAAACAGCUUGUUGUCUUAGUCUACGCACAUUGGGUUUUGUUAUGUAAACUAGUCAUUAUCAGCAACAUUUACGCAUUUUUCUGGUGCCAUAUGGCACAAGUCAGACAAGCUGAUCUGGUAGUAUCAUAAAAUCUGCUUCCUGUCGCUUGAGAUCAUCUAUGCUGUAUUGCAACAUUGGAAUCAGUGUUGAAAGAGCAAAACUUAUCCAGUUUUCAUCCACUUGACCCGGAUGAUGACUUGCGCACAGGUUGUCGAAACGUCAGUCACUACCACCGACUACAGUCCUUCUCAGGACUACACUCACCCGGACGAUCAGACUACACCUUCACAUACAUUCUGUUUGUCUGAAGUUCCCACUUUUAAUUCAAGAUAAUCGAAGAGUGACAUCAUGAGCGAUUUCUAUUGUGACGAGUCUUUCAAGUAUUAUCCCACCAACGUCGACUUCAAUGAUCUUCAGCCAACCAUCAUCGCAAUCUGUAUCUUCAACAGUUUUCUUACUUAUACCGCCAUCAUGUUGAACAUUCUGACAAUUUACGCGAUGUACAAAGCUUCGACAAUUGCAAAACCCUUAAAAACCCUUCUUCUGAACCUCGCCCUUUCGGAUGUCGCUGUCGGUUUAUUUGGUCAACCAUUUUACACUUCACUUCUGAUCAAGUGGCUUCAAAUGGAGAAUCCAGGCUGUAACACAUACCGAAUGCUGAGUGUUUGUGCUAGUUUCUUUUCACAUCCUUCGUUCCUAGGUGUUGUAGCUGUAAGUGUAGACAGGUUCUUAACUGUUCAUUUUCAUCUCAGGUACCAAGAGCUUGUGACUCACAAGCGUGUAGUUUUUGUGGUGAUUUCUUUAUGGGUGUACAGUGCAUUUGUUUCUUCAAUAAUAUUGUGGGGGCUACGUAGCACGAGGGAUGCUUUUGGUUUGGUAAGUGCAGUGGUUGGUUUCAUUCUCACUUUCGUGUUGUAUAUCAAGAUAUAUCACACUGUUCGACGGCACAAGAGUCAUAUACAGUCCAUGCAAAUACGAGAAGAAGCUCAGUCUGAUGAGAUAAAAAACUUCGCUGCCCACAUUAAGUCUACAGUUGGUGUAUUCUACGUUUAUCUCGUGCAUAUAGUUUGUUAUGUGCCUUUUCAAAUUUUCUCGGCUGCCAUCAGAUUUCAUGGCUCGAGCAUUGCUAUGAAAAAAUGUUAUCUUCUUUCAGUGACUCUGAUCUUUCUCAAUUCGUCUCUGAACCCUGUCAUUUACUGUUGGAAGAUGAGACAUAUUCGACGCGCCAUUAUGGAAAUAAUACGGAACGUGUCUCGGAGGAGACAUCCAGCUCGCUUUAUUCACCAUGGGUCGCGAACUGAGCGAUGUGCCCAGUAA